GCUUCUAAAGGGGAUUUCCAGGCUAUAUCGCUUCCCGUUCAUCUCACAUAUCUCCAACCGAUAACGAAGAAUGUCGUUCACAUAUCCGUAGAGGAUCGUAGCUCAUCUCGCUCCGUGUCUGCCGCUAUGUUCCGCGUUCUCCGCCGCCAAACGCGGGCAGCGCUACCGCCGUGCAGCGAGCAAGCCGUAGCGCGCUUCCUAGUACAGACUCACGCCUGCUUAAUCCACUCCACCAGUGAUCUUAAUCCUAACGCGACGGCAAAAAGAGAGGACAGAGAAGGUGCGAGAGACGGUAAUCGCGACAGUGACACAGCCGCGAACCGCCCAUAUCGCGAUCCGAAUCAAGAUAGACGAGCAGGCGUCAUAGGAGGGGUUGGGAGCGGGACACACGGCCGAGCAACAGGCGGGAGAGGCUCCGGUCCAGGCCGAGGCGCACUUGAUCGAGGCACCGGUCCAGGCCGAUCCGGAGAGACAAACAGCGCCACGUCAGGAAAACCGGGGAGAGUAGUACCCGCGGACAGGGGACAGGGGAACCAGGGAAGGUCUGCAGGGGAAGGGGCGAGCAGGGGAUGGCAAGGACGAGCGAAUCUGGCACGACAGGGCCAUUGGGAAAAGUCGGAGUGGGCAUGGCAGGAACGGACGAAGACGGCAGGUCAGGGGAGUUCGGCAGGUCAGGGGAGUUCGGCAGGGCAGGGGAAUUGGAGGAGGCGUGUGGAAGAAGGGGAAUACGAGGUGCCGUAUUCGACGUACCCGCCAGGGACGAAUGAGAAGCUUCAGGAGUGCUUCGAGAGGAAGCUGGCGUGGGAGGUGGAGUACCCGAGCGUCAUGCCCGAGCCUCUGCUGGAGCCCCCUCCUUCCAAGUUCAGAGUGGAGCCCAGCGGGCACCAGAUGCUGCUGACGCUGCGGCGAGAGAGCGAGGAGGACAGAGAAGACAUCUUGCUCGUUGCAAAAUUCGUGGAGGAAAGGGAGGGGAAGGGGGGGAGAGAGGAGGAGGAGGAGGAGGAGGCAGGGAGGGGGUUGAGUGAGGAGGAGAGGAAGAAGAGGCGGUGGCAGAAGAGGGGGAGGGUGGAGGGGGUUACGAUGGAGGAUCUGGUUACCGGGCAGUGGCAGGAGAGGCUUAUGGAGGGGAUGGAGACAGAUGAACGGACAGAGAUCGAGUGGCAGACCAACCAGGGCUUUAACCUGACGCCCAUCCACGUGCGAGUGAGCAUCUGCAGUCUCAAAGCCAUCCGCGACAGCAAGAGUCAAAACCCAGCUCGUUCUAGACCGGGGAAUUUACAGGAGAAACAGCAACUACCGGCGGCAACACCAGAAGCCCGGCCUUCUGCGACUGCAGCUGCUGCAGAAAUGCAAGGAGCAGGCGCAAUCCCUAUGGAAACAGCGCCAGGAGAAGCAGCAGGGUCUACUUUUGAGGCGCCUCAAGAAUUGCAAGAAGCAGGUGCAAUCUGUAUAGAAGCAGCAGGAGAAGCAGCAGGGUCAACAGCGCCAGCAGCAUCAGGAGCAGUGGCUGCAUACCCGAUAACGAUCGACUGCCUGGUGCUGGGCCACCACCACUGGAAGAUCCUCCGAGUGGAGUCACUGGAUCCCCAGGCUCCACCUUCGCGCGUUCCUGCUUAUGGGCAACCACACGAUCUACUGAGCCCAGAGUUGCAGCAAGAAUGGGAAACAUAUCUAUUUCGUCGAGGAUUUACGGGAGUCCUUGCACGCUAUAUCCGGGUGUACCUAGAAUGCAAGGAGCACCAUGAGAACGUACGCUGGUUGGAUAGGAUGUGCAAGUGGUUCUCUAAUUGAUAUGGUGUAGCACUAUUAGUUCAAGAAAUCAUACACGCAUUAAUUAUAAGGCACAGGAAACACGCAACACUUGAAGCGCACCCCACACCUGACGCUUGCGCGAGUUGCGCCAAGGAAUGCUCCGCUUGACGAUAAAAGCUGGGCGCCAAGAGCUUGACGGAGGAAGUUCCCUCACAGCUGCACACCUGGGAGUGUCCUCCGCUUGACGGCGGAACCCGCCCCCUUGACUUCCGCAAGCGCGCGCGCGCGAUGCCCGCAUUAAGCAGAGAAUUCUCCCGCCUUCUUCCCCUCUCCACGCGGUCGGGACAUCAGGGCAUUUCGCCACGUGGCGCACGGCCAUUCGCUCUUCCCCACCUCCCCGCAUUCAACGCUCACGUUCCACAGACCCUCCCCGUCCGGAAUGCGCGUCGAUCGCGGCAGCUCCGUAAACCACGCACGCCCGAGCGGUUUGUUUUCGUCGCCUCGACCGGAGGGCCACGGAGAGAGGAUGAU